CCCGCGGUGGAGGAGGACGAGGAGGACCUGCGUGUGUCUGUGAAGCGACGCGACAGAAGGGACGCCGGCUGUCCUGAGCGGAGCGGAGAGGAGAGGAGAGGAGCGGAGCGGAGCGUGACGCGGACGGGCAGGGCAGGAUCGGCGGCUCCAACAUGUCCGUGGCGGGCUUGAAGAAGCAGUUUUAUAAGGCCAGCCAGAUGGUGAGCGAGAAGGUGGGAGGAGCAGAGGGAACCAAGCUGGACGAGGACUUCAGAGACCUGGAGAGAAAAGUAGAUGUGACGAGCAAAGCUGUCGCCGACAUCAUCUCCAGGACGUCCGAGUACCUGCAGCCUAAUCCAGCGUCCCGUGCGAAGCUCUCCAUGCUGAACACCGUGUCCAAGAUGCGUGGACAGGUGAAGAGUCCUGGCUACCUGCAGGCAGAGGGGCUGCUGGGAGAGUGCAUGGCCAAGUACGGCCGAGACCUGGGCGAGGACUCCGACUUCGGUGGCGCUCUCGUCGAUGUGGGCGAGUCGAUGAAGCGGCUGGCCGAGGCGAAGGACUCUCUGGACAUCGACGUCAAGCAGAACUUCAUCGACCCCCUCCAGAGCCUCUGCGACAAGGACCUGCGCGAGAUACAGCACCACCUGAGGAAGCUGGAGAGCCGGCGCCUCGACUACGACUACAGGAAGAAGCGCCAGGGCAGGAUGGCGGAGGAGGAGGUGCGACAGGCAUUGGACAAGUUCCACGAGUCCAAGGAGGUGGCGGAGAGCAGCAUGCAGCAGCUGCUGGAGACAGAUAUGGAGCAGGUGGGUCAGCUGUCCUCGCUGGUAGAGUCGCAGCUGCAGUUCCACAGGGAGGCCGUGCGCAUCCUGGACGAGCUGUCGGAGAAGCUGAGGACGAGGAUAAAUGAGGCCCAGUCCCGCCCGUGCCGGGAGUACACACCCAAGCGGAAGCCCGUCUGCGACCACGGCGACGGUGACCAGUCCGACGGCGGUUUGCCGAGUGCCGUCGCUCUGCCCCCCCGCCCUGCAGCCACAGAGCAGCCGUGCUGCAGGGCCCUGUACGACUUCCACCCCGAGAACGAGGGUGAGCUGGGCUUCCGCGAGGGCGACAUCAUCACCCUGAGCGGUCAGAUCGACGAGAACUGGUACGAGGGAUCGCUGCGCGGCCAGUCGGGCUUCUUCCCCCUCAGCUACGUGGAAGUGAUGGUUCCUCUGCCGCGCUGAAGGGGUGGAGGGGAGGGGGUGUGACAGCAUGUGCUCACCUGCAUCAUCAGCAUCACCUCACUGACCAGCACCUGGACCUUCCAGUUGGGGCGGUUUGCUCCUCACCUUUGGAUAAGAAAUUAAUUAACCCCCCCCCUAUACACACACACUCCCACGAAAGGACACAAACACACUCUUGAGCUCUCUGGAUCUGGCAGGUUCUGCUGUGUGGUCACUUUGUGCCCCCUUGUGGUCACACUGCGCAAUGACGACAGGACAGUCAGACCAGUUCCGCUGUUUCUAAGUCUUCGUCCCGAGACAUCCCUGUACUCCCCCCCCCCCCCGUCCCCCCAGCUCCUCCAAACCCCGAACCCAAAUCCCCUACCGCUUCGUCUCCCUCGCCUGUAUGAGCUCUCGAUGAGGACCGUGUUCCUUUCCUGUCUGUGUGGUUAAACACCGCCAUGUGGUGCUCCGGUCACUGUGUGGAGGGUGUUGGGGGGGGGGGGGGGGUCUCCUCUGUGAUGCCACACAGAUGGGGCCAGCAGUCAGAAGGAUGGAGGGGCCUUGUCUUCGUGAAGGUGCCACCCCAGCAGGACCUGUCCAUCUGCACCUCCGCACCGGCGCCCCCUUCUGAACCGUUAAAGAUCGCGGUCCUCCCGGCUAUUUACCCUGAGCCCUUUGUUUUGGCCGUCGCGUUUGUGGUCGUCUUCACGCCUGAGCGAGGACCACCGCGGCUGCAGGGAAGAUGGCUGUGAAGAGACGAGGACGGUCAGCGUGCCGAAGAUCCCCAGUGGAGCAGAGGUCACAGAGGAUCGCGGCGCAGCCACUCUCUGCUGGGGGGGGCGACAGUCACUGAAGCCAGGUGGGAUGUCCAAGCUGGACCGUGGACAACCGUCAGUGCGUGAACCUUGGUCAGAGCGCACUCGCAACACAACGGUUUGCGACGCGUAAUCCCGAGGAAUACCUGAGUGUUCGGGCGUCACAGCAAAGUAUUAUUGUUUCGCUAAUAUUAUUUAUAACACGAAACUCAUAUUGUAACUCAUCGUCUGCUCUCCUUGCGUGUCCUUUUAUACUUAUAUUCCAAAUGUUUAAGAACUUGUCAUAAACGUGUUCUGUAACCA